UCGUCGAAGAGCUGCGUUGCCAUGACAUCAACAGUUUGCUCGACGCUAAAGUACCAUAGUGAAACCAAAUGGCUAACGUGGUUCAUAUGCUCAUUUCCCACCAGCUCAUAUAUGUUUUACUGCUCUUUAGCUUGGCUCACACUGAGAACGUUGUCGUUUUCCGGCCGUCCUAUCUUACCGCCACUAGACCGGUGGUCUCCGCUCUGCUGCUCGGAAACACGUCGGACAUCUCCCUGAGUGUGAGGACGGUGUCUCCAUCCAACACCACAGGAAGUAUCGGUCUUCCAUCAUGUGUGUCUGAGGUAACACAGUGGAUCCUCACAGUGGAGCAGGUGGGAAAGACUGCAGUGCGAGUUCAUCUGAGGUUGGAUAAAAGUCUGCGCUUGUGUACUGCGAAUGACACGGACACGGACUGCUGUCCUGAUCCACUGUGCGUCCUGGAGACUCUUCAGGUUUCUGCCUGUGCGGGCGGGACACCUCAGGCAUCGCUGCUGAUCCAGGCAAAAAUAUAUGCUCUGCUGGUCCCCGCUAAUGCUGCAUCUGAUAAUAAAACAACCAUUCCAAACCAAGUGUACCAACCACUGGGCUCUUGUCCCUGUGAUCUCACAUUCGGAGCCUGUGAUGUGCGCUGUUGCUGUGACGAGGACUGUUCCACUGAAGAUUUGAAGCUGUUUGUGUCCCACUGUCUCCCGGGGCCAUUUGGUGGACAGGUCUCUCCUCCUCCAGAUUAUGUGUGCUCUGUGCAGUCCUCUGAAAACUCCCCAGAUUGGUUUCCAUUUUUGUGUGUCCACUCGCCACCUAAAAACAACCCUUACCUCGGGCUCUUUUACCAGGGAGCCAUAAUUAAAUCCACGCCUGGUCCAACCUUCCAAGGCCCUGUGCUGUCAGCUCCAGUGCCAGUUGAUGUUUAUAUUGAAGGAAGUCCCAUUUUAACAUUAAAUGACCAGUACUUAACCAUUGCUCAGAAGGUGCUCGGCCAGUGUGCAAACAAUGCUCCUGUAGCAUUUUUGAAAAAUUUCAAUGUCGAGUGUGUAACCCCACUACGCACCUGUCCAGCUCGAUCUCCCUUACCAGUGGAUUUGAUGAUAAAAGUGAAGGAUGGGCAAGGGGGUGAUGUGACAGUGGAGGAAAUGGAUGAAGUGGCCACUGACUUGAGUCAAUUUAUUUCAAGCACAGAUGGCGCUGCCUCUUCAGGUGAGGGCCUGAUAUGUGAGAAUGUGACCAUAGCACUGGAUUAUACAUUCUACUGGAAAGGAAAUUACAUCACAAAUAUCACACUGACACGCACUGUUGGGACCAUCACUUUGAUUGGUAGUGUGCCGUUAACUACGAGGUAUUCUGCCGCGUUUCUCAAUGGGGAAUUCAUGGGUGAGACCAAUUCAGGGAACCCAGGUUACCAGGUGGGACGCCCUGUGAUUGCUGGAAAUGAGGACACUUUGGACAAUAAUGCAAGCUCAAUACAGAGGACAUCAAUCAAUCUGUGGAAACCAGUGAGUGAUGGACUCUGUGUCACUUAUGAGAAGAAACCAGUUUUGUUUGGAGAGAAUUCAACAUCAGGAUGUUUGCUGCCCAUCAGCCAAGAGAAUCUGACUGAGUGUGAUCUCUUGAGAGAGACCGUUAAUUCUCUCCAGGCAGCUUUGACUUCAGCUAUAUAUGUAGCAAGGAGUGGAAACCCAGAUCCACUAUCUGUGACUGACUGGGUGCACAUAAGCUUUGUGACAGUGAACUUGAGCACAACUAUGGAAAACACUACAAGUUCAUGUUAUGGGAUUCCGUCCCAUCAGCAUAUCCAUGUUUGGACUCUUAUCACUAGCAUGGUAGAGGGCAUACCUCAAAGGGAGAUCCGUGCUGUGCAAAUCAGCUAUAGCAUGUCCACCUGGGCACUGGAUUGUGGAGGAGGUGAUGUCUCUCCGUGCGUGGACCCAGUGGAAACUCAAUUAUUCCCCAUCACCUCCUCAGUCACCUUUACUGAUAUUCCUGUCAACACAGGACCACCGAAAACCAGGUUUCAGAUCAACUUCACAGAGUAUGACUGUAGCAGGAAUGAUGUGUGUUGGCCUGAGCUAGCCUUUCCCAUGACCAAGUAUUACACAGGUGAGCCAUAUUCUCAGUCCCUGGCCAAGGGCCUUAUCUUGGUUUUCUUCUUCAUCACUGCCUCAAUUCUCGGGACUCCAUGGAGACAAAUCCGACAGGCAUGGAACAUCUCCACCCUUUAAGACUCUGUAGAGGAAGGAACACAUUUCAAGGGCAUGAUGAGAGUGUGACCGGCUAAAAACAAGAUGAACUUUUAAAAUGUAAAUACACCUUUUUCCAUUCGAUAUUGUUUGUAUCAUUUGUAGUUUUUACAUUUUUGUGGGAAUGUAACUUGUUCAAUUUGUGCACAUUUUUUAAAAUAAAAAGUAUUUUUCUAUUAUUUAUUUUAGGCUCAACCCUAUUUUUGAUCACAACACUCUCGAGAAUAGGUUUGAAAAGUGGGUAGGGCUUCUAAUCUGAUGUGAUUUCAGUUUGUUUCUUAUUGGCUGCCUCAGGGUUAAAUUUAUUCCGGUUAUGCAUGUUCCAGGAGGGGUUAUCAACCACAUGCACGAUAUGUUCCGCCCACAACUGAGUCCGGUUCUGCUAGAAAUGUCUUCCUGUUACAAGGGAGGGUAUUUUCUCCACAGUUGCCAUAUGAUCCUCAUUGUGGGAACUGUGAGGAUUUCUCUGUAAUAUUGGGAGUCUUGACCUCACUAUGUAAAGUUACUUGAGAUAAUGUAUGUUGUGAUUUGACGCUAUACAAAUAAAAUAUAAUUGAAACAACACCCAAUGAAACAUAGCUGCUGCUGCUGCUCCUUAGGAUUCUAGACCCCUGUUCUGCCUCGAUCAGUGUACUUGACCCCUAUUUCUUCCAACUGAAUAAGUUCUGAACAGAGGUUCUAGAUAUCAAUACAGGGGAGUGAUGUGUAUUUGUUUUUAUCUUUGUGCAAAUGCUCAAUAAACUGAUAAACUCA